AUGCUAGCACCUCGAUUCCCCCUCCCCAUCACUCCCCUUCCCCUCUGGCAGCCUCUUCCCCUCCCCCAUGCUCUCACCUCCCUUUCGGUUGGGACGACACCUCCCUUCCCCUUCGGACAGCACCUUGAUUCCCCCUCCCCAUCACUCCCCUUCCCCUCUGGCUGCCUCGUCCCCUCCCCCAUGCUCUCACCUCCCUCUCGGUUGGGACGACACCUCCCUCUAUCCUCGGACAGCACCUGGAUUCCCCCUCUCCAUCACUCCCCUUCCCCUCUAGCCGCCUCUUCCCCUCCCCCAUGCUCUCACCUCCCUUUCGGUUGGGACGACACCUCCCUUCCCCCUCGGACCGCACCUCGAUUCCCCCUCCAUAUCACUCCCCUUCCCCUCUGGCCGCCUCUCCCCCUCUCCCAUGCUCUCUCCUCCCUCUCGGUUGGGACGACACCUCCCUUCCCCCUUAGACCGCACCUCGAUUCCCCCUCCCCAUCACUCCCCUUCCCCUCUGGCCGCUUCUUCCCCUCCCCCAUGCUCUCACCUCCCUUUCGGUUGGGAUGA